AUGUUUUCACCAACGCCCCCACCGCCGCUACCCCCGCCAAAGCCCAGCAGCCAUGAAGCCAGCCGGCUAGGCACCCCUUCGAUAUCGCAGUCGCCGCGCCCAUCGCCCUUGACCGACAGUGGGUUUGCGACUCCUAAUGGAAAAGGAAAGGGCAUAGACACGGACGCAUCUGGCCUCAUACCGGCGCCGCAACGGCACGAUAGCCAACGUCGACGGUAUGAGCAGCAAGCUCCGCAGGAGAUCCCAGACCCAGGCGAAUCAUGGCUACCCAAGUUCCUGGAGGAUAAAUCUAAACAAGACCUAGCAGCAAUCCUCUCGAACCCAAGCCUCCUCGAAGCCCUGACACAUUCACCGACAACGGCGCACCCGUCCCUGACGCAGUCGCACGCGGCGCUGCAGUCAGCUCUGACGGAAAAUCUUACCCUAGCGCAGCAUCUGGUCGAGCUCGAGGGCCGCCUGGCGCAUCAGCGUUCGUCGACACAGGCACAGUUGCUCUCGACGCACGCACUCGAGCGGCAAUGGCGUGCCAAGCAAUCCGAUAUGGACGUGGCCCUGGCGCCCUUUGCCCCGUCUAGCCUGUACCAGCGCCUCACCCAAGGUCUGCAGGAGCAGGAGAUGGUCUGCGCCGCCAUGGAAGAGAGCUUCCUCGAUGGUGAUGGCAGCGACCACAAUGUCGCUACCGAGCGCGAGGUCAAUGAAUGGGUCAGAAAGUAUCGCGAGAACAGGAAGCUGUUCUACCUCAGGCAGGAAAGAAAGGAGCGCUGGAACGAGAGGCGUGUUGGUGGCUGGCGAUGA